GGCUUGGCUGGAUUGGUCUAGUAGAAUGGUGUAAAAAAACGUUCAAUAGUUUGAACAGUGAGGCUUUACACUUAGACGUGGUAUAUAGUUGGGAUGCUGCUCAUGGAAUAUUUUUCCCCCGUUUCUCGCGUUGUGUCUACACUCUUUGACAAUCGUUAAAAUGAAGUCGUUUUCUUGUUUCUCAGUCAUUCUUUUGGCGCGUUUUGUUGUAUCGGAUAACAUUCCUUCCUGUGCUCCAGCUCAAGUAAAAUAUUGUGUAUUGGACGAUUGUCUGCAAUCAUUGACAAAUCAGACCACCUCCGGGCCACAGUUCUGUAGCAAUUACUUAGAGAAUGACAGCAUCAGUAUUCCCGACAAUGUCCCAGCUGCAGCUCCAGCAUCUCGCAUCUCAUCUGCAUGUUCUUGUUUAAUCCAGGCCCAGCCGACAGCAAAGCCCACUGCGCAUUCGUCAGUUGUUCUAGGGUCUAUUGGCCUUUCAGUCUCUACAAAAGCAUCUCCUUCUCUCGAAAAUUCUGUCACAACUAUUCCCUCAGUCACCGUGUCCCCGAUACCUAUAUCUUCGCCGGUCAAUCCAGAGUCAGGGAAAGAAUACAUCACCUCGAUCAUAUACUCUCUCUCCACUUAUACUAUUUACUUGAGUGGACAAUUGGUAACAAAGACUCAGUCUGUGGUUGAUUCUACCACAGUUUACCCUGUUACCCAUGAGAUUACACAAAGCCCCAUUCCCAAAUCAACGGCACCAGUUGAGUAUACCACAUCAACAGUGUAUGCCUUAUCUAGUUACACGAAUCCAAAUGGAGAAGUUGUUACGAAAACAGUCGUAGACUACACCACAGUUUGUCCCGUCACCGCUAAAACCACCUCAACUUCCCAAGCACUGGGAGAGUUGGCGAGUGAGUACACAACCGCGUAUGUAACAUCAACAAUUUACAAAGUUUCGACAUACACGACUCUUGGACAGACAGUCACAAAAACUUUAGUAGAUUAUUCAACCGUCACUUCUAUCAUAAAGACACUGUCUCAAAGUCCAACUCCCAAGUCGACAAUUGAAUAUACAACCUCGACUGUCUAUUCGCUCUCUACUAAGACAUACACAUCAAGCGAAAAGACUUUUACAGUAACAGAUACCGUCGUUGACUAUACUACUGUUUGCCCUGUCAGUCAGUCAGCAUCUUCAACUCAGAGUGUAUCAUCACCUACUACGUCACCUUCGCUCAACCUCCCCUCGCUUUCAUCUAGUAAAAGUGUAAAUUCGGCUUCGGCUUCCGAAAAUUCGAUUGUUCCCUUGUCUCCAUCCGCCUCAGCCUCAACAUCAGUUUUCAGUAGCCCAAUUGCAGUGGAAUCAACAAAAACAAAAACAAGGUCGCGUCACUCCCGCACGAAGUGCACAAAGGCUUCACACUCUACACAAAGCUAUCCUUUUGGAAAUUCCACACUUGUAUACCAACCCACUGGAACUGGAAACUCUUAUCCUUCUUCUAUAUCGGGAACUGCAUACUCAACAUCGGUUAAGUAUCCAAUGAGUAACUCCACAGUAUCAGACCUUCCUCAAGGAACUGCGACUUCAACUGCUCAACAAGUGACAGACUCCACCCGAUUGCAGUUCCCAUCGGGAACUGGAUACUCAGCAACCUCAACAGCUUAUGCAAUGCCAAAUUCAACAAGCUCGUAUGUUCCUUCAGGAAGUGGGUAUUUACCUCCAGCGAAUUCUACAACCACGGAAAUUCUCCCAACUAGUACUUCCAGUCUAGAAAUUAAUACCAGUACUUCAGAAUUACCAGCGACUACUGAGAUCUCUAUUACAAGCGCUCCAUCUACAACAUCAAGUCCUGCACUUCCUUCUGUGACUGCAUUUUGUAGCACAGACGCGGCUGCCUUAGUAUUUGCAGCAGCUGGUACUCCAGUAACCUCUUACUGUAGCAGUCUCCUCUCCAUCCAGCCAACUUACGCAGAUGAGCAGUAUCUUUUCGUCACAAAGACUACUUUGGUUACAACUACCACCACCGUCAGCCCCGCAACUGUCACUGUUUUCAAGAGAACGACAAGAUCUGACUCAUACCCAUUCACAUCAACAUAUGAUUUGGCUCAACAGUCAUCAGCUUGCAGCUGUCUUUCAAUCCAGCCAGCCGUGAUUGCUGAGACUGUAACAAUAACAGUUCCCGCAACAUCCUUGGUAGUUGUCUCGACUACAGUUCCAGCUUGCACUCCGUCACCCACUCAAGUAAUUGUCAAUGGUGAUUUUGAAACCGCAACAUCCGGAUCUUAUCAGACGCCAUGGAUUUUCAGUAGUUUGGCUCAUGUAGGAUCUAAUGGCAAUGAUGCAUUUAGUUCAUAUGCUGGCGAUGAGUUUUCCGUCCUCGUUGGUCAACGUUCGACCACAAGCACCAUAUCCCAGCAAAUCAAUGCUUUCGUCCCUGGCCUAUCCUACACUCUUAACUAUUAUAUGUCCGUCAUGGGAAUAAUAAGCUUACCAACAGCUAGUUGUGUAUUGUCUGUUUCCGUAGGAGGAAUAGUUGUCGAUACCCUCACCAUUACGUACUCUAAUAUAGUGAGUUAUAGAUCUGGCUACUCACAACGUUCGGUAAAGGUGAUUCCGACAACUCAGUCGGCGCAGUUGCAAAUCUCCUGGCAGUGUGGUAGUCAAAUAACUGUUGUAACGGAUCUUUUGCUGGAUAAUAUUUCGAUGGUUGGGGCGGGUCAGACUUGUGGUGUUCCUGUCUAGUCACUCAAACAGUAAUGUAAUUAUAGAAUAGAUAAUUGAGAAUAAAUAAUAGUUAAUAGAUGGCAUUUUCCUGUCUGUAGCUUAGUUUGGUUCUAAUAUAUACAAUACUUGGUGGAUUUGUUCUCUUUUUUUAUGCUUGCAAAUUCAUUUUCUUAUAGUUCCCAUAAUCCUGAUACAAUGCAAGUCUUUUUGCACCUCGGCCCUUUUGUAAAAACCCAGAAUCUUUUGGAAAGAUAUCUAUCCCUAUAAUCUGUAUACCAGCUACGAAUUACUUCCUUGCAUCAUCCAUCCAAAAAGUCACCAGUACUCCACACACCAACAACGCGAAAUGUUUGAACGAUAAAUCCGGUCCGACUAUCACACACAUGCAGACCAUGUUGGGAUCACAUUGCACUUUUUCAAUGCAUGGCAGAUCAUUGGAAGUUUUCCCUCUGACUUGUGAUGUUCACUCGGCUAUUCACACUCUUUGGAAUAAUAUCGCGUAGUCAGGGAAGGAGUGUGAAGCGGGGAAAGUGUGUGGAUAUCCCCGCGAAACGAAUCUUGAUUUGGUGGAAUUCAUCGGUUGAUAUAUCGAUUCCGGAGCUAAUAAACUGAUUCUCUUACUAUUGUGCCUCUUCUAAGAGCUGGGUUUGGAGAUGUGCGCUUGGGUAUGCUAGCGUAGAAAUUUGUUGGUGGAUGGUGGGGUUUCCUCGACUAGCCUUUUGAGGGAACGGACAGUGAUGUAAGUUGGGAGUUUCGGUGGUAUUUAGAUAGUUCUGAAAGGGAAUUAUCUGUUGCAUACAAUUAUUGGGUUUGCCGUAGUUCCGUAGUUCGAUUCCGGAUAUCUGUUGCAUGUCGCCCACCAUAGGCUUAUGCUUUUGGGUAGCAGUCAAGUGCCAUUUCGUAUCGUGUAACAGGGUAUGUGAUUCGUAUUCAAUUGGGAUGAGGGCUCGUGAACCUCCCCAUUGAGACUGGAUUGGAAUUAAUUUGUUCUUGAGAUGAUGGUCGAAUCAGUAGUCGUUAUAUCUGCCGUUCUCGGCACAGCACAGGCCCGGGUUUGAUAGAGUGUAGUUGUGAAGUAUCAAUUAUCCAAACGGAACGGAUUGAUCCUAUAAAUUUGAAGGCUACCCUAGGAAUCAAUAGGAUUGAUUCAUCUUCCACUAGUUAUGAAGUAUAGUUAAUACUUGAUAAAUUGGAGUCUCCCGCUGUCAAAAGGUGGCUGGGCUAAAUUUAGAAGAUAGCCAGGAUUAUGAUUUGCCUUGGGAAUGUUUAGGCUUUUAGAAAGCA